ACCUACUGUCUACCGAAGGCGACAGGUGAAUUCAUUCGUGCGGUGACUCUUAUUAUAGUAGAACGUACCACUACACUAAAUUUCGUUUUCAUUCGACAAACACAUCUAUUUUGGUUCGCCGGCGCACAGUAACACACAUUUAAAACACUUCAGAUUAUCUGUUUUUUUCGAUACCUAUUAAUUAUUUUUGGCCUAUUCGAGUUUAAGAUAAUAAUAAUGAACGAAGACAUUCGCCAUCAAAGUCUACCUCAAUCGUUUUCGGUCAGAGAGCUCGGUUCUACCGAAGCGAGAGGCCUAUGGGGCAUUAAACACACGCGGAAGCCAGUCGACCUAAUGGUCGCAAAUGCUAAAACCUCAAUAACACCUUUGCCGCCUCAAGUUGAACUGAGAAUAUCACAAGAGGGAUGUGAAAUCAUUGGCGAAAAAUCGAAAACAUUCUAUCCAAUUCACACGGUUUCAUAUGGAGUUCAAGACUUGGUGUAUACUCGAGUGUUCUGUAUGAUAGUUGUAAAAGAUUCGAUGUCUGCAGACAGAAAACCAUUCGAUUGUGUUGCGUUUGUUUGCGAAAGUCGAAAUGUUGCGAGAAACUUAACCUAUGCACUGGCUGCAGCCUUUCAAGCAUACAGUAGGAAAGUACGGAACACAGGAUCGUCUAAAUCUCGGUUCGCCAUUGAUUUAAGAACCCCGGAAGAAUUAGAAAUGGAAAUAAGAAAAGUAGAUUCUGAUGCAUAGUAGUACUUUAUAUUUACUUGUUUAAUUUUUUCGUUAAGUUAAUAAUAAUUUGUUACACUGAAUUAUUGAAAUACCCUAUUUAAAAUACACGUAUUACGUAGGUAUAUAAUUAUUUAUCUACUAAUUUUUUUUUAAAUUAAUGUCAUAAGUUAUUAAUUUGAAGUAAAAAAUAAAUACAAUUGUUGACUAUAUAAUAAUACUAACUUUUAGGGUUGUAGGCCUAUUUUUUUUUUUGAACUGAUACAUAAUAUUUAAAACCAAACUCAAAUAAAAAAAAAAUAAACAAUGGUGAAAUUUUAAACUUAAGAUUAAAAGCACCACGAUGUGGACAUGCGUGUCAAAGAAGUCUUAAUAUGUUUUAUUGGGAUUUUUAUAUAUUUUGAUAACAGACCAACUAACUAACGCCAUGUAUUUGUUAACUAUGUAAAAAGUGACUGGUUUAAGAUGUCAACUGUAGUUUUUAAAUAUAUUAUAUUAUUAUUUUUUAAAAAUUGUAUUAUACCUUGAUAUUGUAUAAUAUAUUGUCGAUUAUCGCAGUCAGACACCGUUUAUACAUGCGUAUACUUAA